AUGCGCCUGCUACUGCUUUUGCCUCUGGCCCUCGUCCACACGACGCACGCGCUCGAUCAGAACGACCCCACACUGCCAACCAAAUCAGGCGUCAAGACGUGGGUCGAUGUCGAUACGCCGGCGGAGCACCACACGUUGACGAGCUCGCGUGGCGAGGCCUGGGACUUGAUCAUGAGCGACGAGUUUAACUUGGCUGGACGCAACUUCACCGCCGGUAACGACCAUCUAUGGGUUGCAUUGGACAUUCCCGACGGCGUCAACCGUGCCGUGGGCAUCUACUCGCCCGAGAACGCGCUUACGACCGACGGCGCGUUCCAGAUCCGCAUUGACUCGACCGAGACGAACGUUACGUUCUUCAACGUUUGGACCGAGAAACCGUCGUGGACAACCAAGACCAUGUACUACCGCGCGGCGAUGGUGCAAACCUGGAACAAGUUUUGCAUCCAAGGCGGGUUUGUCGAGAUUGCGGCGCGGAUGCCGGGCGCGAUCGACAAAAAGUCCAUGAACCCGCACAUCACAGGCAAGCGCUGGGAAGCCAGCAUCAGCCGCGACGUGCCCGUGCAGCCGAUGGACCGCAUUCCCGACGGGCGUUUCUACCCGACGUGGCCGGGGCUCUGGAUGAUGGGCAACCUCGGGCGCGCGCUCUUCGCAGCCUCGACCAACCGCAUGUGGCCGUGGACGUACAACGAGUGCGACGACCGAUACAAGUCGUCUCAGCGCAUCUCAGCAUGUAACCCCAACCCUGGGUACGGCUUGCACCCGCACAUGGGACGCGGGUCGCCCGAGAUCGACAUCCUCGAAGGCGGUGGCACCGACAUCUCGUCGUCGCUCCAGAUUGCACCGGGCAUGCCCGACGAGUACCGUCUCUUCCCGGCCCUCAUGAAGUAUGAGUCAGAGAAGAACGUUGAUGCCAAAGGUACGCUCGACAUAUUCUGCGCUGCUACGUCACUCCAAGAACUCAAUGGCCGUCGGUAG